AGGUGCUCAAGCUGCACCUGUCCCAUCCUCGGGAGAGCUUAGCUGCCAUUCUGGACUGCAUUGCUCUAGCACUGAAUUGUAGCCCGGCGGCAAUUCGAACUGACUGAAGGCUGGGGCAGCUGUGGCCCCGGUGCUUUGGCGGGGGGCUUUCUUACCGGCAGGGUGAUCUGAACUAGCUACUCCAGUUGGAAGCUUCCAGAGAUCCGGUACCAACCUUUGCGGGCUGGCCGGAUAGGCUUGCCCACCUUUUGUUUGAGUAGGGUUGGCUGCUGCGCUAGAACGCCCCGGAGGCCCCUAAAAACAAAGCGUUGGUGUUGGGGAGUUCUACCUUCUAUCCUAAAGUACCUUCCCUUUUGUCUGACCGGGGGACUGCGGGAAAGGGAGCGGCGACCUCCUUUUUUUUGUCUCCAGGUCCCUCCUCUUCACCUCCCCUUUUCACCUAGGGUCCCCAAUCUGUCCCCCAGGGAGAAAUCCCUUUUGUUUACUGUAGGGUGUUCAAAGAAGAAAAUAAUUAGAAAAUUGUAAAGGUUCUGACCACAGAAGUACUUUUUCAGGGUUCUCUCAGAAAACGCCAAGUAGGGGGGUGAGUUGUACUUUCUGUAGAGUUACCCCAAAGAUUUUUUUGUUUAUUGUAGGAUCAACUUUUUUGGGGGGUGGGGAAUAUGGCAAACUCAGGGCUUCAGCUGUUGGGGUUCACCAUGGCCGCUCUGGGGUGGGUGGGAUUGAUAGCCGCCACCGCGCUCCCUCAGUGGCAGAUCAGCUCCUAUGCCGGAGACAACAUCAUUACUUCCCAAGCGUUGUACAAGGGGCUAUGGAUGGACUGCGUCAGCCAGAGCACCGGCCUCAUCAGCUGCAAGUCGUACGACUCAUUCCUCGCUCUGUCUGGUUUCAUACAGGCUACCCGUGCCCUAAUGGUGAUAUCCCUGGUUUUGAGCUUUCUGGCUAUGAUGGUGGCUGCCAUGGGCAUGAAGUGUACACGAUGUGGGGGUGAUGAUAAGGUGAAGAAGGCUCGAAUUGCCAUGACAGGCGGUAUAAUCUUCAUUGUGGCUGGUCUUGUUGCCCUCGUUGCUUGUUCCUGGUACGGCCACCAGAUUGUAACAGAUUUUUAUGAUCCAAGGGUCGCUACAAAUACUAAGUACGAAUUUGGCUCUGCCAUUUUCAUCGGCUGGGCUGGCUCUGCCCUGGUUAUCUUGGGGGGUGGGCUCCUCUCUUGUUCUUGCCCAGUUACAGAGAGCAAAGCAGGGUACCGCACCCCACGCUCCUACCCCAAGACCAAUUCCGCUAAGGAGUAUGUCUGAAAGAGCUGGGUUUCCUACACAUCCCCCCUCACCCCAGCCCUUAAAGGUCAGGGCCUGAAAUAUAAUUCAAGAUGGGAAGGGGUGAGGAGGAGACUAGAAGAGAAAUCUGAGCCAGUGGGGAAGGGGGAAGGCAGAGUUCUCCAGGCUCUUCUAACUACUACUGAUGUAGUCUACUGGAAGACCAGGGGAAUGGGGAAGAGGAGGUGGGGGGUAAAGGCUACAAGCUGUUCUUUUUGUAUAAUAAUAAAGAAGUUUGUGUUUUGGA